AUGGGCUGCCUACAAACAAAAGACUCCUCUUCAAAGAGCACUGAAAAGACAACCACUCCAGAUUUUACUGCCAACAAAAAUUCAUCUUCAGCUCCCCUCCAAUAUGUCUGGAGUCAUGAAGCACAAAAAGAAAAAACUCCAAAGGAAAUUGAUUUUUCAAAAUUGAAAGCCGAAGACUUUUUAUUGAGCGGUUUCCAAGAUAGAGUAGUUUUGAGAACAUCAGGUCAAAUUUUGGGACAAGCUAUGAAUAUUGACAAGUGCAAAAAUUGUGAUUUCUAUUUGUUGGAUAACUCAUCUCAAAUAUUUAUUGAUUCUUGUGAUGAUUGUAGAUUCUUCAUUGGACCAUGUUCAGGAAGUAUUUUCAUCAGAACAAGUAAGAAUGUCAAGAUGAUUGUUGCUUGCCAACAAUUCAGAACAAGAGAUUGCCAUAAUUUGGAAGUCAGCAUUUUCAGUGGUACACGACCAGUCAUUGAAUCAUCUUCGAAUGUAACUUUCAGCUGUUUUGCCUCAAAUUAUAUUGGUCUUGCUAAGCAAUUCCAUGAAUCUGGCCUUUCUGUAUAUAAUAACCAUUGGAAUGUUGUCCACGAUUUCACUCCUCAAGGUGGAGAAAACUAUAGAUUCUCAACCAGCCGAUCCAAGAUUACUGAUUGGAUGAAGCCAUUAAGCUCCAUGCCAGAAACUGGUAUUUCAAAGGAUGAAGAAACUGAAAAUGAAAAAUCUUGUCCAAUUCCUCCAACAAAACUCAAAGAAAAUGUUCCAUCCAAUGUUAUUAUCUUCUUACCUGGUAGAUAUAAUGAUGCAGAACAAUUCUUACCAAAGGUUGUUUCUGAAGUCAUUCACACUAAGGAACACAAAUUCUCCAAGCCUGAAAUAGAUUUAAUAUUUGACAAGUCUGAAAAUUGUUCCUCAACAAAGCAAGAAAUUGCCAAGGGUCCAAUCAUUGCCAUCGGUACUAACCUUUCUUCAUCUGAAUUAAGAACAAGAGCCUCUCAAAUUGUAUCUCCUGAAACUUUCUACAUUCCAGAAAAUGAAGCAGAAGCUAAAUAUAUGGCCAACUAUUUUUUCAAUGUCCAUAGAAUUGAGGUUUAA